UUUACUUUCUGCGAGCAUAGCUGUUCCACAUUAAUGAUUUAUGAAGCGAUUGAUGUAAGCGUCAAGCAUUGAUAACAGACCUUUUGUUUAAGCACGACACUAAUUUAAAUUAUUCGCCCCUGUUGAUUUGAAAUGCUUUCACAGAAGUAGGCCGGCUGUGAUAUUUACCCCGCCAGUGUUUUGGGCUCGCCCGGCCGAUUUCUGGACAAGGUGAAUAGUUACAAAUCUAGAGUUUUUCCUCUAGAUUACCACUGGUUUCAAUUUUCUCCACAACAGGAAGCCAAGAGGCCCACCCCGGUAGAUUUCAAGCUGUAAGCGAACAAGAUGCCGAGCACAAGAAAUAGAAGUCGGUUAUCAGAACAGUCAACCAGUAAGUUUGCAACAAAUGACUUUGUCAAAAAAACUUGCCCACCAAGAGAAAAAAAGUGCAAGCUUAAAUCGAAGAAAUUGCUGCUCAAGAAAUUUACAGCUCAGUCUGACGAGGUGGAGGAAGGUAUGUUUUGAAAUUAUUAUCAUUUACUGUCAUGACACAAUUAAAACAUUUUCGCUGAUUUAUUCAAUGGAAUCUAACAAGAAUGACGAAUACUUAACUGUAGAAAAUUCGAAGCUCUUUGCGAAGUGUAACUUCCUCUAAUGCCUCGACGGUAAAAACCGCGCAAUCUUGAAGAUAAAAUCGUUAAGAGGUUCUCAAUUAGCCAAGAGUACCGGUAUUCCGUCAAGGCAACCGAGGUUUCUUUAUCUAGUUUUUGUAUAUAGUUAUUUUAUAAGGUCUAGUCAGUCGCCGUUACGUCACUAUAAUUGUAAGCCAGAGCAAAACAGGCGAACACUGCCUGCUUUCUUGAACGAGAACGCUUCCAUGACUGACUAUCAUUAGCCCAAAGGUUGCACUGUUAAUAAAAGGCUAUGUGAACCGCACAUAAUCCCAAUAAUUGUCCCGAUAAUUGACCUCAAGAGAUCUACUGCUUAGUGACUGAAAUUCCUUUGCACGAAAAGUUCUUACCAUUGUUGAACGCAUCGCUUGGUUGGGUCCAUACAGUGAUGUUAAGACAGUACUUACCGUCUGCGAAUACUUUCGGGGUCAAAUUUACAACGGAACAAGAAAGCGUAAAGAUAAAAGCGGUCAUUUCGUCCGUGAACUGGGGCACGAGACGAGAAUGGCUCAUAGAGAUUGAUACUGUACCGCUUCGUUCAAUUGCAUUUUAUACCUGAGAGCCGAAGGAUUAUCUGUCAUUGCUGAAGGGUUUUACAAUAAAUGACCCAUCAUUGUCUUGACUUAGUAUUGGAACCGUUUACGGACCUACGGUUGCAUUAAAUGAGCAAGUACUUUUACAAAAAAUUCAGUUCGUUCACGAAACCUGGAAAGAUGGUCAGGUCACGACGCUUCAAGAAGAACAAGGAAAAUGAAGCCUGUGAGUUGUAAGAAGGAGGAAUGGUAGAGCAGAUUUACUUGUUUCCGCCUUUGUUGACAGAUUUCUUGUUGUGUUCCUUUGCAGAUGUUGAAUUGAUGAUUGGAGAAACUAAGUCUAGAAUAGCCAACUGCAAUUCAGCCGUUUCAAAAAGCAAGAAAGAGCAACUCACGGAAACACUUCGGUGGUGAGAUUUUUUAAUAUAUAUUUUUUUUAUUAGGCUUCUGGGUGCAAAUUCGCGCCUACAGCGUUUCGAGGCCUUUUAAGUGCCGCUCGAAAGAUUACAAUUUGCACCUCAAAUCCUACUAAUUUGGCGAGUGAUUAGGAAUUAGAACCGUUUUCUGUCUGACAAUGACAGUUACUUGGAGAGUGUAAAAGUGGAAGAAAGUUGGAAAAAAGCUCUAAAGAUAACUCUGAAUUUCCCCCAAAAAAAUAAUAAUAAAAGAAAAGAAAUGCAUAUAUUAAACGUAAAACUGGUCAUUCAUUCGAAAAAUUACUGCAAUUUUAAACAGAAUCAGCCGGGAAUUUGAAAAUUAAUUAUGUCAGAGAUCUUAUGUCAUCAUGUCCUCGUACUUUUUUGGGCUUGUGUUUUCUGUCAACAAAAUGUUAAAUCUCUUUCCCGAGUCCUUUUUUCCGCAAAGAUACUUUAGAAAACCCGAAUAAACCCAUCAAAGUUUUGAGACCGCAAAAAAGUUGUAAAGAAACCGUAAUGGAUACCAGCAUACGAUAUUCUUUUAGACUUCACACGUAUUGGAAGCUCUUUUCUAACAGUAUCCGGAAAUUCGGCGGAAGAUACAAUUCAGGGGAGCACAAUAGAACACCAGAUAAUUUAGCCGAAAUAACAGCUAAAACAUUAAACAAAACCACCUAGGUCUUUCAUUGCAUCUUUUGCAUUUAUUGACCGUGCGUACCUGCUAAUUACCUUUCUGGAAAUCAUAUAUUCACUCGAAGAGUCUAUUUUGGUCUUUAUAGAAAACCUAAGCUUGGCAGCUGUCAAAUUAAGUCAACUUUUGUCAGGCGUAAAAUAAAUGAAUUUUUUUCUCUUCUUAACAGUGAGAAAGGUGAAAUGUAAACAGUAUUUGAAAGAGCGCGCAGCCCUUACAUUGUAUGACGUUCAUUGAUCGCAACACAAAAGGCUACAUCUUGCCGUAUAGACUUGUUUGACGCACUUGACGGUAGUGAUAUCUACUAGUAUCAACCUCCCAGAAAGUAUGAGAAUAAUGAAUCUAAUUUUAUCCCCUUGAAUGUUUUUGGGUUUUUAUCAGUUUUUGAUGUACUUCCUUUUAGUAGGAAUGUUUUUAAAAAUCUAUUAAGAAAAAUACCAUUAGAGAGCUCAAAUUUCAUCGCCGUUAUUAAUGGUCUGAAAUGCUUCGCGUCUUUUCGAAAAAAAUGACUUGGUCCAAAACGAUUUUUGUAUAGUUAUGUCGCAAGAAAUAGCAUUUUUGCGACUGAUUAUCGCCUAAAGCUUUUGAAGAAGAAGUCGAAAAGCUGAUGACAAGUCUAAUUUGCACUCUACUAAUCUGCUGACAUCUUGAAUGACUAGUCAGCUAGCCCCCUAAAGGAACUGAACUUUAUCUUUGAGUUUACUCGAGAAAACGUAAACCGCCUGCUACCUUGUACGUGACGAUUUUAUUGCCUCGUCAAACCUCUUUGAAAUUUGUCCGGAAAAGUCUCAAGAUCUCAAGUUUUAAGAUUUAACGCAAUGCGGUAACCCUGUUAAAUUUUGCGGUUUGCGAAUUGUCUACAUUUGGGGUCACCUUAAAAAAGGACCGGAAACCGCGAUUCAACCCCUUCGCGGGGCAUAAAUUGGACACUUAAUGUUAAUUACUGUUCGGCAGUUUUGCUUAACACGAAAACGUGGAAAGUGAUUUCAUCUUACAAUCACCUUAGAACGGUUUACCCCAAUAAAAAAUACCUAUGCUUUUUUCGUAAUUAGCAGUUACUUUUAUGUGGUUUCUUGCUUGAUAAUAACGGUAGAAUCCAAAAAAAAAAAGGACACGCUCGUAUGGUCAGUUCCACUAGGCGGUCUGUUGUUUUUUUUUUUUUUUUUUGCAGUGUAAGGUUACAGAUCACCUGAGUUUCGGUGCAUUAAAUGCCUUUACAAUUAAUUCAAUAUUUCAGAGAAGAAAAACUCUUUACUUCAAAUUAAGUGCACUAUUACCUAAUCAUUCUAAGAAAUUCGAAAACACUACGGAAUGUCAAGAGUUUUAUGCUCAGACGCUAUCUGUCAUUGAACUUAGAUGCAAUGAAGAAGUCGUCAAAAAUAAGCAAAAAGCUGAAACUUAGCCAAAAUGUGCUGAUCAUCUUUAGUUUGCAUAUAGUAACACACCUUCGGCUUGACGCUCUUAUUUUACCUGAAAAUGUUGUCUAGAGGCCGUAACGGGUAUGCAAUGGGUUUCACAGGGGAAAAUAAAAAAGUGAAAAAAUGACGGUUCAUGUGGGUCGCUUGGCUCCUCGGCUAGGCUCGUGAUCGGAACUGAGAACAUUAAACUCGCUCAAUCAUCCGACGGAACGUUUCACCUAGCAGCCUUCAUGAAUUCAAAUUCUUUGUUAGUGGUCAAUCUGAAGCUUUAAGGGCUUUCCAGUUCAAGAAAUGUUAAGAAAAGGGGUUUUGAAAUGAAAGAAAAUGGGUGAGAAAGCUACAAUGUAGUCACAUAAACUCGUUAAGGGCGAAAGCAGGUUCAGGGUUAUCUAAUGAAAAGACAGUAUAUAAGUAUGGUGUCAGACUUUCGCUUCACAGUGUAAUUUUUCAUCAAGUAGGUCGUUUCAAAUCUUCCCCGUUUCCAUAAUUUUGAUUAAACCCUCCCCAUUUUUUGUUCAUAUAAUUAUUAAAAAAAUCUUAAAGGACUGCAACCUAAAUGCGCAUCACCCGUUUAGAUCGAAUGAAAUCUUGGCGAGACUUAAAAGGAAAACUACCAAAUAUCCUAAUAAGAGCAAGGUAUCCGACCGAGAUACCCCCUUAACUUCCGUCAGAAGCUAUCUUUUUUGUCACGUCUUAAACGUUACCUCCAUCAGUUUAAUUGUUCUGUUGUAAGGAGUAAUAAGGAGCUUUACUUGCCAUUUAGUUAUCCUCUAUCUAAAUGCGUACAUUUUCAGAUCUCUUUAUAUCAUUUUUUUUCAAGUCAUUAAGAGUGGUUAACCCUCUAUGUCUUAAUAAGCUGAUCUAAUUCUCCUCAGGUUGGAAGAGAACUAUGUUAUGUGUGAAGGAGUUUGCCUUCCUCGGUGCAUUCUUUACGCUCACUAUCUGGACUUCUGCCGACGACAUAACGUAGAUGCCGCCUGUGCGGCUACAUUUGGAAAGGUACCAGUACCUCUUUUUCUUUAUAAAUUAUGAGUGGGGCUUGAAACCGAAGAUUUUAGUCGGCAUGAUGUCCACACGCAGGCUGGUGAACUGUCCCCCCGCUAUACAUACUCUCCAUUGUAUCAGUUUUGGGCGUUCCUGAGGUCUUCGGGACUUAUUAAUAUAAAAAAAACCGAAAAACGUUUUUUUCUUAGUUUAUUAAAAUGGUAGGCACUUUAAUUUGUUUUGUCCAUCUAUAAAACGUUUGCGGUUGUAUUUCUUGGAGGUAACGAAUGCUAUUUUAUCUGUUGCUCUUCGUUAGUUAGAUACCAGCUCUCACCAAAGAAACGAGUUUUUAAAAUAUGCUACAAUAUCACUUAUGCCAAUGCGGCAGUGAGUUGAAAAAGAGCAAGUCAUUUGGAAACUAGUGGAAAACUGUAAAUAGCAAACUAAUCUUUAACAAGACGGAUCUUCUAGAUCUCAAAGCUUAUCCGCCAGCUUCAAACCAUAAAAAAUAUAAAUGGAAUCUUCUUUUCUCUUGACAUUUUCUGAAACCAACGAUAAAUGGAAGUCGAGCUGAUGUCUGGCUUCUUCUGUCAACUAUCAAUUUUUUUUCAAAUUUUCAGCAAACAAUACUGCUCUUUCCAAUUUUUAUAGUGAUCGUAAGCCUGAAGGCGACUUAUAACAAUUCAAUUUCUUUUCUUUUCCUUUUUUUUUCAUUAUUUGUAGACGAUACGGCUAAAGUUUCCUCAACUCACAACAAGAAGGCUUGGGACGCGCGGUCACUCCAAGUAAGCUGAAAUUAUAUUUUAAAUCGCUACUGAGAUCCAAAAUAUUUACCUAAACGAGCACUUAACUAAAUAUACAAAAACAACUGCGUGGGUACCCACACAUUCAUCAAAAUUUUUCCCUUCACAGGUAUCACUACUACGGUAUUGGAAUAAAGGAAUCUUCUGCUUAUUAUCACUCGGUUUACUCAGGGAAAGGUUUAACAAGGUGAGGGAGAUAACUUCCUUAUUGCCUUCUCGCCAUGAAAUAUUAAGUGAUAUUUCGAUGGCAUUCCGUUGCUUGUUCUGAACGGGGUAAUUAAACGACCUCCAUGGUAGAGUAGGAUUUGUUUGCUAAAGAGACAAAGAAAAUGUCGUUCUUUUCUUAUUGAAAAUCCGUAAGGGAUAUAAACCGGAAGAGGCGGUUGUAAAAUGAAGAAGAAGUAUAUUCAAAGAAUCUGACAUGCUUAACGAAAUUUUCACACCAGAUUUUUCACGUUGAUUUCAGUCCCAACAAUUGUGUUAUUAUUAUUAAGAGUAAGAAAACUUUACACCCCUUAAAUCAAGGAAACACCAAAUGCAAGCCAAUAAUAACAAUGUGUUACUAAAUUUGGAGAGGUUAAAAUAUAUCAGGAUAUUGUGUAAAGUUAAAGAAAGAAAACAUUGACUUUUUCCAAUGUUCUGCCCGACUGUUUUAAAUGCCAUAGAAAACUGCCAUUUUUUUGGUCGUAAAAUAGAUCUUGGUGGGAUAAAUAGUUAUGUAUGAGGUUUUCAGUAUUUCUGUUUUGUAUCUUAAAAAACGGGAAAUUAUGCGACAAUGAAAAAAUAAACACAUGGUUCAACCAGGAUUUUGGAUGAUGAUUAAGUAAGUUGGUGCUUUAUUAUUCUUUAUAAAGAAAAUUUGAACUAAUUAAAUCAAUUGUCUCAGGUGUUCAUUCGGUAUCGCAGUACAUAAUUCAAAUUGUUUUUUUUUUCUAUACUUUACAAUCAAAGGUUAUUUUAACUCAGCUUCACUAAAGCCAAAUGUUUGUAAGAGUCCUUUUCUUAACGACUGUUUUCCUUGUUUCAUCAUUCGGGGUCAUCUUUCAAUAAACACCGCAGUGCAGCUCACAAAUACAACACAAAAUCACGCGAUAAGAAUAAAAAAAGAAAAGAAUGCCUUCAGGAUAUCUGUCGUUUAUUUUUUGUUUUAAAAAGUGAGGGCGAAAUUGCGAAUGAAUAGAAAUAAACACAACACGUUCAAAAACGAAGACCUUAUAGGAAGUUUUGAAAAGUGCUCUACAAAUAGAUUUUAUUCGGAUAGAGUCAACAAUUCUUCGGGAUUAAAUCAAUUAAACGUCGUAGGCUUCGGAGUAAAUCGGAGAGGACUGAGCUUUUUGCUUGGAAAAUUGUCAACAUGUGCCGAUGUUUGCGUGACAAUGAGUGCUGCUCGCAUUUAUUUUCUAGUAUAGACUGAAGUUUUGUGGACCUUUAUGCCUUGGCGGAUGAAGGAGAGGGGCCCUAGGCCUGGACCCACCGUUAAAUUAGGAAUAAGCGGGCUGCCAUUCCUUGAAUAUGUCAAUCCGCCACUGUGAUGAUUAAGGUUGUAAAGCCCGGUUUUUUUUGUUCUGGAUUUCAUAAGAAAUUACUUGAGUUCCACCAAGGCAGCAUUGUAAGACGUUUUACCGCGAAGCUGUUGGCAAGUAGAGAAAGGGAAAACAAAGACAGCAAAUUUUGUCAACCUCCUUCCCAGGGUCCUCUCCACGCCACGGAGGCCGAGUAGGAGAGGACCCUGGGUACUAGGUUGAAGUUUUGUACGUGUUGAAAAUGCCGAAAUUAAAAAAAAAUUUCUGUCUACCUAUGAUAAACAAUGAUUACCAAAGUGGAGUGUUGCGAAGCUGCAAUUAUUUUCAAUUGCUUCCCAGUUAUUGAAUAAAUGUUCGAAAAGUUAUCAGUGGUAAGAAAUAAUGUCUCAAGCGACUAAAGACGGGCGCACAGUGCCUGUGUCUUAGCCUGUGUCCGGCUGUAGUUCGAGGGCCUUUACCCAGUCCCUUGGCCUCAUUAUUCCGCGUGGCCAAUGCGUUUCGGGUCACGUGGUCCAAGCGAGUUUUUCUCCAGGCCGUUCGUCUCAGAUACGUCACCGAAAUGCAUUGACUGCGAAGGCCUGGGGAGACGCCGUACAGGGACUAGGCAAAGAGGGCCUUAAGUUUUUUGUUCUCAAGUUAUAUUACCACCUGCUCAAGAGUAUGCUCUAUGAGUUAUAAUGUAAUGUCUGUUCUUUGCUGCACCUGUCAGUUCUAAAAUGUUUUAAUUAUAUUUCAAUAAAUUUUAUUUUACCACAGAUUUUCUGGAUCAAAAGUCAAGAAUGAGGUAAUAAUGCCUGUUCUUGCGAGAUAAGAACCCUUUUUUACAUUGAAUUGUAUUUAAAACUAUUGUAUUUGUACGCCAUAACAGCACUAAAUUCCAACGCUAUAAGGAGUGAUUAUCAGUAAAAGGCUGCCAAAGACAUUUCUUUUCUCUGGUCACAACACAGCGUUUCGUCCGCAUACUCAAAAGUUAGAACCACGGUGCUGCAUAAGAUUCCAUCUUUCACUCUGUGAUUGAAAGGUUCAACUGAAAUCCGACUUAUUCGAGUUUUAAACCAUCUACGUUUCGUAAAAAAGCUUCAACAGGGAAACCUAUGAAUUGUUGUCUUCGUUUAUAUAGGAGUUUUCAUUUUAAGCUAUAUUAUUAAUGUUAACCCGUCAAUAUUCGUGUGAUUUGUUUAAAUCGUGAUUUUAUUGCCCUCCUUCUUAGGGUUCUUUUUCAGUUCGCAAAUAUUCCCUCAGCUCCAAGACUGGCACUUUAUUACCUGACUUCCCAAAUCCGAGAUUGCUGGAAUUACCAGGAAAGAUUUCGCUUGAAAAGGUGAGGAGAGGAAGUUAUUCAUGAUCACUUUUCUCUUGUUAAAACAAAGACAAAAUCGAAAGAACAGUCCCAAAGAAAACACGUUUUCUUUAUCUGGAUACAAAAAGAUACAAUACGGCUACUACAUUAAAAUGAACCAACAGAAAAAAUCAGACCGGAAAACUGCCACUUAGACUAUUAAAACGCCUGUACGGCUCAUCCACCGUCUUUUAGGUUGCGAGUGUGCGCCGUUCCCUAUAUAGCGGAUGUUCCUUUGCUUCAUGCUCAAGAAUUAGAGAACAUGGCAAGGUAUAAAAGGAUAUCCUCACUCGUUUCCCUGCUUUUUAGUUUUAUUUUUUCUACUUCGUUGGUCACUUCCCUAACCUAUAACUUGGAACCAGCAUCAGAUAAUUUGCACUCCCCCGAAUUGUACGUAUUCAUUGAAAUUAAUGCUUGUUUAUUAUUGAUUAUUUCUAGUUAGAGACGUUUGUUGUGAUGUACAAGACACACUGUCAGUGUAUUUUAGACACUGCGAUAAACGCCAAUUUUGACGAGGUGAGCUUCAAGUUUUAAAGUGUGGUUUGACUAUCGUUAAAGAUGUCUGUUUGCUAUUCUAAUAUAAUCAAUUCACACUAGUGUUCACGUGAUGGGAAAAGAAAUAACACUGUGGGACGGCAUUAAACCAUGCAUUUGCGAGGAGAAACACGGUCGGGCCCGGAAUAAGACGAUCAUGCGAUGGGUAAUGUAAGCUUAGCGAUCGACAAAUGGUACAAUUGCCAAACAUUCAGGUUGGAAUUAGGGGAAAUGUAUGUGAAAAUUUGUAUCAGUCUUAUCCGAAACAUUUCACAAUGGCGAAUCUGCACCAAUUCAUAUGGAGAUUUCAACCAAAAUGUCCGGGUUUUCCUUGUAAAUAGAUAGUACUCACUCUAGAUGUCCAUUUUCGGAAUUAAGCUUCCUUCUUAGAAGUUUUCUUUGUAUUGGUAUUCGUUGCAAGAUACCGUAAAGUUCCGAAAGUAACGAAAGUAACAAUGUGCUGUACCUUUUCAGUUACAUAAAGGAACGUCAACGAUCAAUAUAACCGUUAAAAAAGUAAAUCUCGGAUCAGUUUGGUAAAUCUUGUUGUAACUAUAAUUUCCUUUAUUUCUAGCAAGAAGGGAAAUCACUUUUAAAGUUGCUACUUUCGGAAAGUCGCUACGUUCGGAGAGUCGCUACUUUUGGCAUUGCUAACACCUGUGAAAUUUUUCCGCUACUUUCGGGGAUCGUUACUUUGGGAACUUUUCGGUAGUUGUUCGUAUAAUAAGUGACAUCAGCUUUAAACGUAUUGCUAAUUGCUUGAGUGUAACUGCAUGCUAAUUUGCUUCUGUCAUUUUCUAUUUUAGAUAAAGAAUUUCCUCUUACACUUCUGGCAAGGCAUGCCCGAUCACCUGCUACCGCUGAUGAAUACAGAAGUCGUAGCUGACGUUAUUUGCGUCUGUGAUUCCAUUCUCUAUAAGGUAUAUGUAGUCACAAAUUAAACGCGACUUGCAGUUACCAUCAUAAUGAAGGUUUACAGCGAAAAGUGUUUCAACUUUUGCCUUCCGUUGCCCUGCUGAGUUAAAUUUGAAUUUUUUGUUUGUCGACUGCGGGUCUUAUGUUUUGAAAGCGGUCAAAUGUUACCUAAUAUUCGUAUUAGAAGUUGCAGCAUAGAGCGAAGACGACUAUGAGAACGAGAUUUUCUCAAUGCUAAGUAGUGCGCGCCCGUGAACCAGCAUCAUUUUAGCGGGAAAGCGCGAUACCCAUCGUCAUUCCACUACGGGUUUUAUUAGCAAAAAUGUGGUAGUGACGGAAACAAGUUAUCAAAUGUAAGAAGUUUUGUUAUUUUGCGAUAGGGAGAAGGCCUAACCUCCUUCAAUAAAAAUAACGGUUUUAACUUUUCUUGUGAAAGAAAGGGAAAAAAAACUUUAAGCCAGAUCUCGUCCUCAUCUUUGAAUCACAAGGACUCAAUUGUGUCUGAUCGCCGUACAAGUGAAUUGUAAGGCUCGUGAAACCGCGAAACAAGCAUCAUUCAUUCAUUCCUUAUUCAUUCCACUUGACUUCUUUUGUAGGUUUUAAUGGAUGUUCUUGUUCCCUCCACAAUGCAAGACGUCCCAGAAGGGUAAGUAAAUUACAAACGUUAUAUUUAUAUUUCCAGCUGCAUUUUCUUUUCGCCAAUGACUAUAACUAACAACCAGCCGUUUUUUCCUCCACCAGACUACUCGCUGAUAUCAGGACGUUUGCGAGACACCUGGAGUCCUGGGUACUAGCUGCAACAGUUGAACUUCCAGAUUAUCUGAAAAUGGGAAAAGUCCAAGGUCAGUUGUUAAACCAGCUAGGAUUAUAUUUUCUGUAGUGCAUUUAGCAAUGAAAUGGAAACAGAUUUUCCGUUUCUUUUUUUUUUUUUUUUUUUCAUUUUUUGGUAGCCUGGGUACACCCGCUCCCUCCAUUCAAAAAAGUCGGGGAUUUUGUUUGAGGGGAGGGGUGGCUGUAUACAGGCUAUUAUUUGGGUCAAAGCAAAGAGUGUCUAUUUCUUCAAUUAUGAUUUGCGAAUCUAUCCGCUCAAACUUUCGGCGGCAUCAAGUCUUUGACAAUCUUCCUAGUAAUAUAGGGUGCAUUUCUUUUAUUUUUCGUAGGUAUUAGAACAGUGAUUGCAUACUUAACACGAUUUCUAACAAAUAAAAAGUGAUUUUUUGCUUCUUUCUCCUUGUGAAGCUGUGAGGCGUUUUGUUCAGUCCCUGAGAAGACAAACUUCGUUCCUUCAUCUUGCACAGGUAUGAUUUAACAUCACUCUGAGAAACGAAUCCUAUAUAGCCAAAGCUCCUUGCUACCGCAGACACUAAUGGCGAUAGUGCGAAGUGUUUGCCUUAAAAGGGACUAUCGGCUACGGUUAGUUAGUUACGUUCGUUCGUUCGUUCGUUCGUUCGUUCGUUAGUAAGUUAGUUAGUUAGCUAGCUAGCUAGCUAGCUAUCUAGUUAGUUAGUUAGUUAGUUAGUUAGUUAGUUAGUUAGUUAGCUACUAGUAAGUUAGUUAGUAAGCAAGUUAUUUGGAUGAUUAUCUCGCUACCCGCAAACAGGGCUUUACAGAUUGUACAAUAACACGUAAGAAUUAAGCGUAAGAUUCCUUAACAGAUGAUUUGGGUUAUUUCUUUCGAACGUUGCACCGACAGCCUGAAUUCGAUCUAAUUGUCUGACCUAAUCUUAACCUUUGCUUUUUUCCCCAAGACUUCCCGACCCGUCUUAGCCAACCAAGAGAUAGUGGAUCACAUGGUAAAAGACAUCGAGAAGCUUGAUAUAGGAAACAAUGGAAGGCAAACUUUGCAAGCCAGGACCGAAAAGGAUUGCGACGAUGGAUUUGACAACGAAUGUGAGAAUAAUCUUUACUCGCUCAGUCUUCUUUAUAGUCACCCUUUUGUGUUUUCAUGUAACGGGGCUGUGAAUGCGUCUUGUUUCGCCUGGAUGAUGAGCUUAUUUUGCUUGAUAUUUUGAAUCUCAGUUCUUCAAGACUUUGUUGAUCUGUUGCGCGAGCAAGCGCCUUUGGAGUCUUAUGUGGAGUGGUUGGAUAGGCUUGUAGAAACAAAGAUCAUUCGGGUGAGUAGACCUCACGUGAUGUGCACGUGAUCCAUGCACUUAUUUCUUUCUAACAACUUUGCGGCAAAUGCUUCAUUUAUGAUUUCGUCACUGUCUUUUUUCAGCCGUGUGAGGAAGCUGGUGACGAUUUUAAGAGCAGAGCUCAGGAAUUCCUUUUAAGAUGGUCAUUCUUGGGGGCGAGGCUAAUGCACAACUUGACCCUCAACGCUUCAUCGUACUUUGGUGAGAUUAAAUUAAUAAGCCGUUUCCAUAAUUUCAUAAUUUCAACCAAAGUAGUCACAUUUUCAUUUAAAACAAACGCAAGAGGAAAUAUUCUAAAAAAAAUAGCGGAACCAGAAGACGCUUUCUUCGAAGAGCAUUGCUUACGCAACUUUCAACUAUAAAAAAAUCUCUGAAGCCUUCAACACAGGGAAAAUAAAGGUUGUGGCUAACAUGUGACAUUUUUUAUUUGUAAAACCUUUGGCCAAGUAAUCUGUAAAGGCAAGCAAUUUCCCAGUCUACUCUCUAUAUCGUAGCCUAGUAUAUCUGUUUUUCAUCCGGCAAGGUUUACAAGAAUGCUGUUGUUAUUACCUCAUUUCCAAGGCCAAGAAUCAGCCUUUCUUUGAAUGAAUCAAGAGAGUAUAAUGGCGUUGAUGAUGAUGAUGAUGACGAUGAUGAUGAUGACGAUGACGAUGACGAUGACGAUGACGAUGACGAUGACGAUGACGAUGACGAUGACGAUGACGAUGACGAUGACGAUGACGAUGACGAUGACGAUGACGAUGACGAUGACGAUGACGAUGAUGAUGAUGAUGAUGAUGAUGAUGAUGAUAAUAAUAAUCGAUCGUGUAUGUGAUGGAGCGCGCUCGAUUUUAAGUAGACCGUGACAGACUUUCUCCUGCUUCAGUUUUAGGCUUCAGUUCGGCUUCAUAACCUAUCCGUUUCUGUUGACCUGUAGGAUCACGUUGUCACUUGCUUCUUCUUUGCAGGAUCCUUUCACCUUAUUAGAAUGCUCCUUGACGAAUAUAUGUUACUUGUGAUCGAAACGAAGUUUUACAAUGAGACGGAAGAAAAGUUGCAGGAAAUGCUUGAUCGGCAUUUAAAAAUGGGUGAGUGAUCAUACUUAUGCAUGAUGUUUAGAAGGGAAGAACUAAGGGACUGGUCAAUAUUUAUCGCCCGGGGAGAGGGGGGCGAAGGAUUUUGGGAGGAUCACUUGAUUUUUAGGAGAACAAAAGGGGGGAUCAGUCGUUACUAAAAACCUAAAAGGGGGGAUCACUGAAAACUUUGGAAGGAUUCAGAGGGGGACCGGCCACUCAAAUUUGCUUGGAAAAUGAAGUCGGGGGGAGGGAAUCGAUGUUAUUUGGGGGGAUCACUUCAGUGAAGUAACAUUCAAAGGGGAGAUCGGUAAAUUUCACCUUGUUUAGCCCCAAUUACUCCCCCCCCCCCCCCCCCCCCCCCCCCCCCCCCCCCCUUAGGGGGGGGAGUAAGUAUGGUUUUGUUGUAGGGGAGAACAUCAAAUAAAAAAAUACACAAAGGGGAGCAUGGAAAGUCUCCCCUUUUUGACCCCAAACUCCCCCCCCCCCCCCCCCCCCCCACCCAGGCGAUAAAUAAUGACCGGUCCCUAAGGGAUCUACAAGCUACAAGACAUGAUACUCUCGGCGGAACACCUACCCAUCCAGCAAUUCCUAACUCCGCCCGUCACGGCUUAACUUGUGUGAUACUAUUAACACCAAGUUUCGCGAGGGUUUGAAGGACACUUCCAGUCAUAAUUUACCAGUUGUCAUCCUGGCUUCCUGGUUUCCCGCCAAAAGAUAAGCACCACAUAAAUCGCCUUGUGUGCAGUAAGCGGCAUCAAAUUUUGUGGCGUAGAUCAUGCUUAAAGUAUCUUUUUUUUUAGCACGUAUGUAUUGAUAAGGCAAAUUAAAUGGGUCAGUAGAUGGUUAGCCGUAGAAAACAACGCUAAUGAUUUUCUAUUUUAUUUUUCUUGCUAUCAGGUGAAGGAGUUGACAAAGAUAACUCCCCUCUUCGAGUGCAGACCAUUGUAACCAAAACAAAGUUCACAGUGCCCGACAGCGUUCUCGCAAAUGGCGGAAAACUGCCACCUAAAUCAGAAAUCAUAGAACCCAAGCAAACUACCAAGCCAGGCACUCGGGUCAAACGUAUAAAGUCACGUGACCAUGUGAAUGGCAUGAAACCAAGACCCAAAAGACUGUCAACUCAUCGUCUAAGCGCAUGCUCUGUGAUGGAUCAUCCACCUUCGCCGGUGAUGAAUGGCUUCCCGCCAACACCUUUAGAAUCUUCAGCCUUUAUUAUGCCUUCGCCGAAGGAGAAUUGCUUUCUUGGACACAACGGGAUGCCUCAAGCGCCUCUGCUUACACCUCCUGUGUCGCCAGCGGUGGCUUCUGGGAUGCAAAGGAACACAACAAUGAACAACAGCUUUUCUCAGGUAACGUACACGGCUCUUGGUGAGAAGAAGCAGCAACCGUGGGGAUAUUCCAUGAAUGGUGAGGUCAAUCCUCCAUCUGAAGUGAUCGACAGCUUGGUGGCACAGCAUUUCAAUAACUGUGGAUUUGGAGGCUUUGUUCAACAGGCGCGGUACCAGGCUCCAAUGGCAAACGAGAUGAACAAUGUAAGUUAUACUUUGUCGUAUUUGCCUCUUUUUUUAGCCUACCGCAACUAUCAAGACUGUUACCCAAACCAACAUUUUCUUGUCUUAGUGGGGUAAGCUCCCACCAGUCUCCAGCAGCUUAAAGAUAGAGCACCUGGACUACAGUCGAUCGAACCUCCACCUCUUUACAACGGCAACCUUUUUCUUGUCACGGUGGACAGUCCAUACAUUGACUUUGCUUAGUCCCUUGGCCUCAUUAUUCCGCGCGGCCAAAUUGUUUUGGGUCACGUGAUCCAAGCGAAGAUGUGAGCCACGGAUACGUCACCGAAGUGAAUUGACCAAGAGGGCCUGGGAAGAAGCCUUACAGGGACAAGGCAAACAUUGACUCUUGUUUUUGCUCUUGUUUAAACCUCUCCACAACCGCGGCCACUUACUUCCGCCCCAAGGCGGCCUUUGUGCGGAAGAGGUUCAACUGUAGUAACCUGGGCCGGGUUGUUCGAAGCUGGGUUUAGAUAACCCAGGGUUAGUGCUAACUUUGAAACUCAGAUAUUAGAGCUUAAAAUUCAAAUUCAGUUUUACUCGUUUUGCCUACAAUUUGAUGACUGGAUGCUCUAAAACAAUAGAGAAAAUUAUCCAAGAGAGUGCUUUUGAUAACAAGAAAAAGAAAGCCGGGUUAAAAUUUAACCCCGGGUUAGUGCUAACCGGCGUUCGAACAACUGGGACCAGAGGGUUAUAGGUUCUACUCCUAUUGAUACUGCUUUUUCUUCCGAGCCGCCUGUGUCACUGACAGAAAAACAUUUUUCUCAUUCUGUAGUCUGUUAGCAGGAUGAUUAGACCUCGUAAAUACCUUCCAGUUGGCUCUGGUUAGUAUUUUAGCAAAGGGUAAUUGAAUGAUAAUCAUCCAACGUAGUCUCUCUCUCUCGAUCAUAAACAUCUAUCCUAGACCUUCCACAACUGAUUACACUCUAACGCGCCUAAGUAGUUGUCAUUGAACUAGUUAUAAGGGUGUCGAGUGUAGCGGGGCGAAAGACCCACACUUUGAUAUAGUCCACUGUUGAAUUCUACGAAGCAAAAUUUGGUCCACGCCACUGUCGCCUCUACGUUAGAACAUAGAGUCAUCACUACUUUAUAAGUUCUACUCAGUGAUAAUUUCCCUAACUUCUUAUGUUUACUUUGUCAGGGUUACGACCAUAGUCCAGACUACGUUCAAAACUGCACCGUCAAUUCAAGUCACUUACCUUAUCAGCCAAUGAUGGCAACUGCGAACUCCCAUUACGCACAAGUAACGCAAGGUUAUUACAUGCAUGUUGCGCAGCCCGAGUCACGCAACCACAUCAACCACGUGACUACCGGCGGGGAAGUUCCGAUGAUGGGCUCUACCAUGGUUUACGCAGAGGCAACAGGAAUGAUGGAUGACGCUGUCGGGGUAGUGGAACAUGCAGACGAAAAUGACGAAUUCAUUAACAUGACUGUUCAUAAGUUGUUCAAUGGUGAUUGUGAGUUGGAAAAGAUGGAUUGCGUUGAUGAACCAGGAAUGCUCCCAUCUAUAAACUCACUUCUUACAGAAGCAGCCAUUUAAAAGGAAUAACGUAAUGAUUACAAAUAUAUAUAGAUAUAUAUAUAUAUAUUAUGCAACUGUACAGAGACACAUCAGCCGCUAUAUUCUUGCUAUAGAACAGGUCAAAUCACAUGUAAUAUAUUAACUUUAAAGCGCUCUAUUUUUACACCAAAGCCGUUCUUUCUUGAACUUAUUUUGUAGUCAUUUUUUCACUACAUAUUUUUCAAAGAAAAGCAAGAGUACAGCGAAUACUGACUUCUAUAACCAGCGCGCCUGUGGCUAUUUACCUUUCGUAACGGUCUUAGCCAUUUUUAACGGUUGAUGCCACUAUUAGUAACCAAGCCUUUAGUUGUGAUAGAUGUAAUGUAUUCCCUUGAUUAAGUUACAAUAAGGCAAAUAAUACGUUUUUGAGUAGUCUUAGGAAGAACGAAGUUGACGUUCAAGUUGAAUUUACGUUAAAAAUUAUGGAAAGGGCUAGGGUCACCUGUUAUUGAUGUAACAUAAGAAAAACAGUUUGCUAGUCUAUGUACUUAUUUUUUUCGGAAUUCUGGCUGGUCGGUGUGGUAGUGUAGUGGUAAGGGAGUCAGGGUUCGAGCUCCAGGUUCGACCCUGGCUUGCCAUUUUCCUUCUUUUUCAUAGAAACGCUUUCAAUAACAGGUCAAAAAUUUUCUAAGUGUCUCAAAAAUGGCAGCGACCGUUUACGAAAGGAACAACUGCGGCGCCUGCCUAAUAGAGUUACCCCCUGACGUUUUUCAUUUAGUUCCCUAGUCUCUCAUUAGAAUACCGACACCACUAUGUUGAAAAAGAGCAUUUAACGUAGGUCCCAUUCAGUUAGUGUUCGUUUUAGAGAGCGUUGACUGUACCUUAAAACCAUUCUUAUUCGGAGAUGAUUUUGUCAGCUCAAUCGCGGUACGAUUCUUAGAAAGGUCGAAAUAAGAAGCAAAGAAGCUUA